CAAUCGUGUCCGAGCCGAGCUAAGCUUUCUUCAAGGCUGCAUGUGCGAAACGUCCAUAUAAGCAUACACGUCGCCUAGUGCAGUGGCGGAAUAGCUAGCGAGCAGCGUCGACGCCACCGUAUCUUCUCUUCAUCUCUGCCGAAGAAUGACAAUGGACAAGACGACGAUCAUCGUGUGCUCAGUGGUCGGCUCUCUAGGGGUGUUGAGUUCCAUCUUGGGGUUCUCCGCUGAAGGGACAAAGCUCACCCCAAAUGACAUCCUGGUGUUGGACGACGAGUGCAUCUAUCCGCAGAACCCAGCGCUCGGGCUGGGGAUCUGCGCCACCAUCUUCCUUCUGGCGGCCCAGAUCACCGUCACGGCCGUCGGCGGCUGCUGCGGCUGCUGCAAGUCCCGAGCCAUCCCCUCCAAGACCAAGCGAAUCAUCGCCAUCGUCUGCGCCGUUGUCUCAUGGAUUGCGGCGGUGAUCGCGUGGGCGCUGCUCAUCCAAGGAGCCGCGUGGAACGCGAACGUGGCGCGGGUGACCGCGCCCGACUGCUUCUACCUCAAGGACGGCAUCUUCGCGGGCGGGGCCGUGCUCACCCUCGCCGCCACGGCGCUCGGCCUCACCUCCUUCGUCAUGCUGCGGAGGCAGACGGCGAACAACCCAACGGCGGCGCCGGCGGUUCACGCCACGGGCCAGCCGCAGUUCCCGCCGGCGCUGGCUGCGAACAAGCCAAUCGAGCACCCGCCGCACGCCGUGGUGGCGAUGGGCCAACCGCAGUUCUGGCCCGCAGCGGCGCAACCGCCGCUGCCCGCUGGGAACACGAUGGGCCAGGUCGUCCACCAGCAGUUCCCGCAGGCUGCGGCGGCUGCAGGCGCAUCUCCAAACAAGCCAGACGUUCAGCCGCCGCCCACCUGGGUGCCGACGGGCCACCCGCAGUUCUCGCCGCCUCAAGCGUACGCACAACCGCAGCCGGCGAGUUACCCACCACAGUACCCUGUCCAGCCUCCUCAGGUAUACAUGCAGAUCCCCGUCCUUCCUCCCACCGCUCCCCCUCCGCAAGACUAAGGACAGCAAGCGGAGGCACUAACGGCUGUUGGCGGAGGAGAUCUGGUCAAAGCAGGAGCGAAACUGCUUAUGCGGGUGGUGGAGAAAUCGCUCGCUUCUGAUGAUACGGCUACCUCGACUACAGGAGAUGGUGUUCAAGCCACGGAUAAUGGGGUCGCUACCUGACCUGAACAUCGUUCUCUCAUCGUUGGUCGUCAGUUGCUAUAGCUCCAAGUGUUUGUGUUUCUGUGCUCAGUGAUCGAGUUGUAUGCAUGGUUGUUCGUCUGCUGUCUCGUCGCUGGUGUUUUAAUGUCGGUUUGUUGUUCAUUCUUCCUAGAUUUUUCUUUCAGGGGCCUCGAAAUCGAAGCAUGCAUGUAUCCUGUAAUUCUUCCUUUUUUUUUGAAUCAUCCACUGCUAUAUUGUGUGAGCUCGAAAUCAAGGCAUGUAUUCUUGCUUGUA